UUUGGCUUUCGGUACUUCAGCAGCAUUCAUUGUCCAGUGUCCGACUACGCGAGUGUAUGAUACAUAUAUUUUAGUACGUUAUCUAGACAAUUUGGUCAACUAGUGCCACAAUUGUCCAAGCAAGCACAUAGUUUUUAAAAAGAUGGAAGACGAUAAUCGACUCAAAAAGAGAUCUAAUGGCAGCUAUGAAGUUUCUGGGGCUGAAGGGUCAGAGGAUGAAGAAUAUGUUCCUUACGUUCCCGUCAAAAUCCGAAAGCAACAAAUGGUUCAGAAGAUGUUGCGAUUGCGUGGUAAAGCAGUGGAUGAGGAGCACAGAGACAGUGGGGAGGAACAGAGGGAUGAAGACGAAGGGCUCGGUCCACGUUCCAACGUCAGUCUCCUUGACCAGCAUCAGCAUCUCAAGGAAAAAGCAGAAGCACGCAAAGAGUCGGCCAAGGAGAAGCAACUGAAAGAAGAAGAAAAGAUUCUGGAAAGUGUCGCAGAGGGCAGAGCUUUGAUGUCCGUGAAGGAAAUGGCCAAGGGUAUCAUUUAUGAUGAUCCAAUCAAGACAAGCUGGAAGGCUCCGCGCUAUGUACUCAAUAUGCCAGAGACCAGAAAUGAGCGCGUCAGAAAGAAGUUUCACAUCCUAGUUGAUGGAGACGGCAUCCCUCCUCCGAUUAAAAGCUUUAGGGAGAUGAAGCUUCCGCCAGCAAUUCUUAAAGGUUUGAAGAAGAAAGGAAUUGUACAUCCAACACCAAUCCAAAUUCAAGGAAUUCCAACAGUUCUGUCAGGUCGCGACAUGAUCGGCAUUGCCUUCACUGGCUCGGGCAAAACCUUGGUUUUCACUUUGCCCAUCAUCAUGUUUGCCCUGGAGCAGGAGAAGAGGCUGCCCUUCUUUAAAAGAGAGGGACCUUAUGGACUCAUCAUCUGUCCUUCAAGAGAGCUGGCCCGACAGACACACGGCAUCAUUGAAUAUUACUGCAAACUGCUGGAGGAGGAGGGAGCCCCACAGAUGCGAACAGCCCUCUGUAUCGGAGGGAUGUCCGUCAAGGAGCAAAUGGAGGUUGUGAAACAUGGUGUCCAUAUGAUGGUUGCCACCCCUGGGCGUCUCAUGGACUUGUUACAGAAGAAGAUGGUGAGUCUGGACAUCUGUCGCUACCUGGCCCUGGAUGAGGCUGACAGGAUGAUUGACAUGGGCUUUGAGGAGGACAUCAGGACCAUUUUUUCCUAUUUUAAGGGUCAAAGGCAAACAUUGCUUUUCAGUGCCACCAUGCCCAAGAAAAUCCAGAAUUUCGCCAAGAGUGCUCUGGUCAAACCCAUUACUAUUAACGUAGGCAGAGCAGGUGCCGCCAGCUUGGAUGUCAUCCAGGAAGUGGAAUACGUCAAAGAGGAAGCGAAGAUGGUGUACCUGCUCGAGUGUCUCCAGAAAACAACACCUCCUGUAUUGAUAUUUGCUGAGAAAAAGGCUGAUGUUGAUGCCAUCCAUGAGUAUCUGCUGUUAAAAGGUGUAGAGGCGGUGGCUAUCCAUGGAGGAAAAGAUCAGGAGGAAAGAACAAAAGCCAUCGAAGCAUUUAAAGAAGGAAAGAAGGACGUCCUAGUUGCCACAGAUGUGGCCUCCAAGGGUCUGGAUUUCCCGGCCAUCCAGCAUGUAGUCAACUAUGACAUGCCUGAGGAAAUCGAAAACUACGUCCACAGAAUUGGAAGAACAGGGCGAUCUGGUCAGACUGGUAUCGCCACAACGUUCAUCAAUAAAGGCUGUGAUGAGUCUGUGUUGAUGGAUCUGAAGGCAUUGCUCAUUGAAGCCAAGCAAAAGGUUCCUCCAGUUCUCCAGGUGCUCCAGACAGGAGAUGAAACAAUGCUGGAUAUCGGAGGGGAGAGGGGCUGUACAUUUUGCGGUGGUCUUGGUCAUCGUAUUACAGACUGUCCCAAGUUGGAGGCAAUGCAGACCAAGCAGGUCACCAACAUCGGGAGGAAGGACUACCUGGCUCACAGCUCAAUGGACUUCUAAGUUUCUUUUGGGAAACGAAACAUUGUCCUCCACUUACUGAGGAACUAUAUACUACGUGUCCACUCAUGUGUGAUAUCAUUCAAACCAGCAAGUACCGGUACAUCUGUGCAGUCCAAUUACUGUAUGAACAUCAGCAGUGUUCUCUUGUAAAAUUGUUAUACAAAUUGUAAAUAAAUGUCACUCUUUUUGAGAAAAGAA